AUGACACGCUGGUUAUCUGCUGUAAUCGCAGCUCUGUCUUUUGCUGGUGUCUCUGCCAAAAUUCAGUGGGAUCCCGUCGGAAACACCUGCGACCCUCUCGCCGGAAAAGCCGGCGCGCCUACACUCGACGAUGCUGUCAACAAGGUCUGGCAAGAGAUCGAAGGCAUGGCAUCCAAUGCUUUGCAGUCUAUGAACGACAUCGAUUCCGGCGCUUUGACCAAAGACAGUGAUGCUUGGGAGUAUCUGAGGGUCGUUGGAACUUAUGACACGUUCUUUGAUGUGCAGCAUGCAGACGGAUUUUCUAGGUGGAAUUCAGUCAAGGAUACUCUGGUAUUGAUGGCCAAGGCUUCUUCGAGACAGAAUGUAUACAUCAUGUGCGAUGAUGCAUACAUGUAUGCAACCGAUCCCAACACGGGCGAUGUUCACUGGCAGCUACCUAGUGAUCAGAGCAGAGUCCUCAACCUGGGUCCCGACCAACUUCAAUGCUCAGCCAACAAGCAAGGAAAGGAUCUAAUCGGUUACCGCUACGGUUGGGACGGCUCUGAUGCCGACCACAUGACUUACGUCAUCCUUUGCGCCAACUAUCAGCUUCAAAAUGUUUAUCUCGACGAGUUCACUAUUCAAAGCGGAAAGUCUCUAGACGACUUUAAGACUUUUACCACUACUCUCUUCCACGAGUUCCUCCACGUCUGGCUUCCCGGAAUGAGAGCCGAUAUGAGUGGUGGCGUGGCAGCUGGAGGCGAACGAUACGGUGUUCAAGGAACCAAGGAAGUUCGAAGUCUCUAUGCGAAUGAGAACCCCGACUCUGUUACUCUUUUUGCUUUGGCACUCUUCUCGAAGGACUUUUACUGGAUGACUACUACUGCUGAGACAAAGCAAGAGGUGUGGAACAGAUUCCAAUCUGAUGCGAACGGACAGGGUAUUAUCAACGCUAUGAAGUUGACUCAGCCUUGA